AUGUCUGGAGACGGACGUGCGCCGCGCAUUAAGAACCGUGCGCCUGCGCCGGUUCAGAUUACUGCAGAGCAGCUUCUUCGAGAAGCCCAGGAGCGUCAAAUUCAACCGAAGCGCAAGACCCCGCGCCUUCGCAUCGAGAGUUAUGAAGAACUUGAAGAUUAUCGAGCGCGAAAAAGAACUGAGUAUGAAGAUGCGGUGCGUCGACUCCGAGGCAAUAUGGCAGCAUGGAUCCGUUAUGCGACAUGGGAGGCAACACAGGGUCAAAUGGAUCGAUGCCGAUCGGUAUUUGAACGUGCCUUGGACGUAAACCCACACCAUGUCCCUCUCUGGCUGAGAUACACGGAACAAGAAUUGAAGAUGCGUAAUGUAAAUCAUGCACGUAACCUGUUUGACCGUUCCGUGUCCAUCCUCCCUCGUAUUGACCAACUGUGGUAUAAAUACGUGCAUAUGGAGGAACUGUUAGGCAAUGUAAGCGGUACUCGCGAGAUCUUUGAGCGCUGGAUGAGCUGGGAACCGGAUGAGCGUGCAUGGAAUGCGUACAUCGCCUUUGAGGUUAGGUACAGCGAGUUUGAGAAUGCUAGUGCCGUAUGGGAGCGCGCAGUAACAUGCCAUCCAGAACCCAAACAAUGGAUCAAAUGGGCGAAGUAUGAAGAAGAUCGUGAGCAGCUGGAGAAAGCGCGGCAGGUAUUUCAUAUGGCCUUGGACUUUUUUGGAGAGAGCGAAGAUGCAUUGGAACGCUCACAGAGUCUCUUCACAGCCUUUGCGAAGAUGGAGACACGCCAAGGUGAAUACGAUCGGGCUCGUAUGAUCUACAAAUAUGCACUGGAACGGAUUCCGCGCGCGAAGAGUGAAGGAAUUUACACCAGUUAUACCCGCUUUGAAAAGCAGUUUGGAAGUAUUAAAGGAGUGGAAGAUACGGUGACUCAGAAGCGGCGCUUGCAGUACGAAGAAGAAAUUGAAGCUGCUGGCGGCGCAGCCGGUAAUUACGAUACCUGGUUUGACUAUACUCGGUUGGAGGAAGAGUCGUUUCGAUCGCUGGUCGAUGAAGGUGCGCCUGACUAUAUGCUUGAGACAGCGCGGAACAAGGUGCGCGAUGUAUACGAGCGUGCCGUUGCACUCGUACCACCAGGCGAAGAGAAGCGGCUGUGGCGCCGAUACAUCUAUUUGUGGCUACGCUAUGCCCUUUUUGAAGAAAUUGAUGCGCAAGAUAUGGAUCGCGCGAAAAAGGUCUAUGCAGCUGCCGUGUCUGUGGUGCCACACAAGCAUUUUACGUUUGCCAAGCUAUGGUUGAACUAUGCGUACUUUGAAGUGCGUCGUCUUGAUUUGACGUUAGCCCGUAAGAUUUUAGGGACGGCGAUUGGUUUAUGUCCCAAGCACAAGCUGUUUAAGGGCUACAUUGAGUUGGAGUUGUCGCUCAAAGAAUUUGAUCGCGUUCGAAAGCUCUAUGAAAAGGCGCUGGAAUGGGACCCCAGCAGUUCCAGUACGUGGGUCAAGUUUGCCGAGUUGGAACAAAACCUCUAUGACUUGGAUCGUGCACGUGGCAUCUACGAGCUUGGUAUUCAGCAAGCGGAGUCGGACUUGGGCGGCAUGGAUAUGCCAGAGGUCCUUUGGAAGGCCUACAUUGACUUUGAAUUCAACGAGCGUGAAAUGGAGCGUGUGGAGGCGCUGUAUGAGCGUUUGUUGGAGAAGACGAGCCAUGUCAAGGUAUGGAUCAGCUAUGCGCUGGGCAAGAUGGCCGCAGUUAUUGCUAUGGAAGAGGAUGAAGAUGCCGAGAUGGAAGAAGAGACGGGAGAGGCCCCCGUGCACUCGGAAGAGACACUAGCAGAACGUGCGAAGACGCAUGCCCAGGCAGCAGAUGAUGCACGAGCAAUCUUUGAGCGUGGCUACGAUGCGCUGAAAGAAGAAGGCUUGAAAGAGGAACGUGUCGUUCUCCUGGAAGCCUGGAAAGCGUUUGAAAUGGAGCAUGGCGAUGAGGCCCGUGUGGAGCAUGUGCAGUCUAAGAUGCCGCGUGUCGUGAAGAAACGCCGUGAGAUUCCAGGAGGCGAUGGCGCGAUGGAAGAAUACUACGAUAUGGUGUUCCCCGACGAAGAAGCACAAAACAAGCCGGCCCUCAAAUUGCUACAGAUGGCCCAUGCAUGGCGUGCGCAGCAAACCAGUACAUCGUAG